GCUCUAACAUUCAUCAGAAAGGAUUGAUUCACACUAAUGGCCACUAAGCUUUUUUCUCCUUGGCAAUCUGGGUUUUUCUCUAGGAUUUCUGGAGUUUCUAGCCGCCAAUCCUCCCUCACCUUCCUCCGUGGAUUAUGUUCAGAAGAUACGUCUUCAGUCUCAGAGAUCCCACCAAUCGAGUCUCAGUCUCCUUCGACUGAAUCUGAUACAGCCCCGAAUGUGGAUGUGAAGGAAGAAAAUGCAGUUGGAGGAGUUGAAGACAACAUUCCUCGAAGAACCUCACGUGGAAAGCAUCCUCCAAAACCAGAAAAAUUAGAAGAUACAAUCUGCCGAAUGAUGGCUAAUCGGGAGUGGACAACUCGAUUACAGAGAUCGAUCAGGGAGCUUGUUCCUGAAUUCGAUCACUCUCUUGUCUGGAAUAUUUUGCACGGAGCCCGUAACUCUGAGCAUGCUCUGCAAUUCUUCAGAUGGGUCGUUAAGACUGGUUACCGCCAUGACCGAUCGACCCACCUGAAGAUGAUUCAAAUCUUGGGCAGAACUCGGAAGCUCAACCAUGCCCGAUGCAUUCUCUUUGACAUGCCCAAGAUGGGUGUUGAAUGGGAUGAAGAUUUUUUCAUUGUUCUUAUCAGUAGUUAUGGAGAAGCUGGGAUUGUUCAGGAGUCAGUAAAAAUGUUUCGUAAAAUGAAGGAAUUGGGUGUGAAAAGAACUGUCAAAUCUUAUGAUGCUUUGUUCAAAGUGAUCAUGCGUCGGGGACGAUAUCUAAUGGCGAAACGGGUUUUUAAUGAAAUGCUGAGUGAAGGGGUGAUGCCAAUACGCCACACAUAUAAUGUUCUGCUCUGGGGUUUCUUCCUUUCUUUGAAGGUGCAAACAGCGAAUCGGUUCUUUGAAGACAUGAAGAACAGGGGAAUUUCUCCUGAUGUGGUGACAUACAAUACAAUGAUUUAUGGUUAUAUCCGGGUGAAGAUGAUGGAGGAGGCAGAGAAGCUUUUUGUGGAGAUGAAAGCGAAGAAUUUGAACCCAACUGUAGUCAGUUACACUUCCAUGAUCAAAGGAUAUGUCUUGAUGGGUCAGGUUGAUGAUGGCUUGAGAUUGUUUGAUGAAAUGGCUUCUUUUGGAAUCAAGCCAAAUCAUAGUACUUAUUCAACCCUGUUACCAGGGUUGUGUGAUGCAGAGAAGAUGCCUGAAACUCAUAAACUUGUCGAGGAGAUGGUGGAGACACACCAGGCUCCUGAGGAUAAUUCGAUAUUCUUAAGAUUGAUCUCUUGUCAAUGCAAGUCGGGUAAUUUGGAUUGGGCUGCUGAUGUGCUCAAAGGGAUGAUUCGAUUAAACGUUCCAGUGGAGGCAGCACACUACGGCGUCUUGAUUGAAAGUUUCUGUAAGGCAGGGGCAUAUCAGAGGGCCAUCAAGCUGUUGGACAAGGUUAUUGAGAAGGAGAUCAUCUUGAAUUCAUCAAGUUUGUUAGAGAUGGAAUCGAGUGCAUAUAACCCUAUAAUUGAGUACCUAUGCAACAAUGGGCGGACGGUGAAGGCGGAGGUUUUUCUCCGGCACCUGAUGAAAAAGGGUGUUCAGGAUCCAGUUGCAUUUAACAAUUUGAUCCGGGGACAUUCAAAGGAUGGAACCCCAGAUACUGCUCUUGAGAUUCUUAAGAUCAUGAGUAGACGUGGGGUUCCUUCAGAUGCAGAUGCGUACAAGUUAUUGGUUGAGAGUUUCUUGACGAAAGGGGAGCCAGCAGAUGCUAAGACUGCUUUAGAUGGUAUGAUUGAAACUGGGCAUCUACCAGAUCCUCUACUCUUUAGCUCAGUGAUGGAGAGUCUGUUUGAUGAGGGUAGGGUUCAAACUGCAAGUCGAGUGAUGAAAAGCAUGGUAGAGAAGGGGAUAAUGGAGAACAUGGACUUGGUUGCUAAAAUCUUGGAGGCCCUGCUCACGAGGGGUCAUGUUGAGGAAGCCCUGGGAAGAAUUGAGCUGCUGAUGAAUAAUGGCCAUGUUCCCAACUUUGAUAACCUUUUGGUUAGUCUUUGUGAGAAGGAUAAGACAAUUGCUGCUCUCAAGUUGUUGGAUUUCGGUCUGGAAAGGGAUUGUAACAUAAGUUUCUCAAGCCAUGAUAAAGUAUUAGAUGCACUUCUGACAGCCGGAAAGACCCUCAAUGCUUAUUCCAUUCUCUGUAAGAUUAUGGAGAAGGGUGGGAACACGGAUCGUAGUAGCUGUGAAGAUUUGAUCAGGAGCCUCAAUGCAGAGGGAAAUACAAAACAAGCUGAUAUUCUCUCAAGGAUGAUCAUGGGAGGGGAGAGCAUCCGCAGUGGCAAGAAGGGGAAGAAAGUUGCGGCUAGUAUACAUUGAGUUCUGUUGAAUCACUUUCAUCAUUUUCCUCUUAUUGUCCAAUUUGAGGAUAGAUUGGGCUGUGGGUUCUACUUGGAGGAAUCAUUAUGGGCGAAAUAAAUUUGUAACAAAUUUGAUUUGGUUUCUUUUUUUGAUUAUGGCCCUUUUCCUGUAUCCUUUUCUCUUAUUCUGUUUG